GCCAUCGGAUUCAAGAUAACCACAUAUUUCAAAAGCUUUUUUCAGAACCAUGCUGAAAUUGGUAAUAGCGUGUCUUCUUCCUACUGUUGUCUAUUCGGCAGUUCAAUGUUAUGUUGGCCAGAAAUUAUUCUCAUACGAGUCCACAAAUGCGAUCUGUGCCAAAUUCAUCCCAUAUACGUGUGCGGUGCAAUGCGAAUGGCGCAAGCAAUGUAAUGAACAUACGUCGUUCUCCACUUUCCGCGGACGUCGCACUUUCGUUUCUGGCCUUCUCCUCAACUCGAAAUCCUUGAUGGUUUUGUGUUGCGCUUCAUUGGCUACUAGAGUGGAGACAGACAGCAGCGGUCGUGAAAAGUGUAUCUGGAGAGACACCGAAUCCAUUUCCGUCCUUGGUCCAUCCAUCAGAACCAAUCCGGUGUUGGCACCAAACCACUACAUUCGUGACGUUAAAAUGGAACGCGACGGAAGCUCCCGUGUUGAUGUAACAAUUGAAGUUUGCCAAUAUCAAUCAGAAAGGGAUCAUUGCAAAAUUGAUGAGAUGAGUGAAUUCGAAAAGAAGAGAUUCAAUGUAAUCAAGGGAAAGCUUGAUAAGGCUGCUAAUGAGAACGGCGUCACAACGACAGAAGCACCGACGGAAGUGAAAAAUGAAGACGAUUUUCUCAACAAGAAGCUCCUCAAUUAACUAGUUAUCUCAUCUACAGCGUACCUCUUAUUUAUGUAUAAACAUUGUUUGUUUUGACAUCCUAAUAAAUAUAUAAACCAACCCAAA